AUGGCUUCAAAACAUGAAGAGCAGUGGAAUGCUGUCUCAAAACUGCAGUCCACGCCUCUUCCUUAUGUGGUGGCCUUCUUAGUUGUGGUUCUGGCUAGAUUCUACUGGCACGUCCCAACAAACGUGCCGGUAUUGAAUGCAAAAUGUUUCUACGAGUUCUCCGACGAGCGCGUGAAGAAGUCAUUCCUAGGCAAUGCCAGGCAGAUGCUACAUGAUUGGUUUGAAGAAAAUCCCGACAAGCCCGUUUCGGUUCAUACCGAUACUGGAAUGGUCAUAGUAUUGCCGGGAAGCAUGGCAAAUGAAAUCCGAAACGAUAAGAGAUUCCACUUGCGUCAACAGGUUGAAAGGAUGAUGCAUGGUCGUCUCCCGGGCUUUGAGGUGUUUCGUGAUGAUAAAAAUAAUCAGCUCGUCAAGACCGUGAUUAAUAGGGAUCUGACUAAACAGUUAGCGGAUGUCACUCCACCCCUUGGUGAAGAGACUUCCUUAGCCCUAGCAGAUUUGCUUGGUGAAGAUACAGAAUGGCACAAAUUGCCUCUUCAAGAGACUAUUCUCAAGUUGAUCUGUCGCCUUUCCUCACGGGUUUUCCUCGGACCUAAGCUCUGUCGCAACGAAGAAUGGCUACAGGUUACAAGACAGUAUGCAGUAAUAACAUUCCUAGCUGCGCAGGACCUUCGAUCAUGGUCUCCUUGGAUACGACCAAUUGUGAACUCAUUCCUCAGGAAAUGCCGAAUGAGUCGUGCUUUGAUGCAAAAGGCUCGGGAACUGAUUCAACCCGUUAUCCAAGAACGAAGGAGACUGGAGGGAAAACCCUCAGAAAUCCAGUCAUCAGAGCUCAACGACGCAAUAUCCUGGUUCGAAGACGCAGCAAACACCGAAUCAUUUGAUCCCGAAAUUGUCCAAUUAUCGCUUUCCACGAUCAUCGAGCCACUGCGAGAAGAAAUAGUUUCGAGUCUCAGCGAGAAUAACGGAUUGAAAACGGCUUCAUUGGGUAAGAUGAAACUUCUCGACAGUUGCAUCAAAGAGAGUCAGCGCUUGAAGCCUUUGUCGAUAGCAUCAAUGGGCCGCAUGGCAACUGAGCGUGUAGUUCUGUCUGAUGGCACCGUGAUUCCCAAAGGUCAAAGCAUACUCGUGGAUUCGAGCAAGAUGUGGGACUCCGAAGUACAUCCUGCAUCCCCAGACAGAUGGGACGGAUAUCGCUUCCUUCGCAUGCGCGAAGAUCCUAAGAAGAGGGACAUAGCUCCACUUACAACGACGUCGCCUGAACAGAUCGCCUUUGGCUACGGUGUUCACGCUUGCCCUGGCCGCUUUUUCGCAGGGAAUGAAAUCAAAAUUGCAUUGGCUGCCAUCUUACUGAAAUACGAGUUGAAGUUCGAGGAAGGCCAGACACCAAGAGCAUUCGAUCAUGGGUUUACGUGCAAUUUUGACUUCUCCGUGCAAAUGAGUGUUAAAAGGCGCAAAGGGGGGGGGGGGGGGGGGUUAGGUUUUGAUAGAUAG